GGGCAAUGCGGAGAGUGGUUCCCCGUCAUUGCAGAGUGCGAAGGAACAUCAUGAUGGCACCCGAGGCCCAGAUCAAGUCAUGGAUCUCCCAUGGAGCUGGUUCAUCGAUGACUGGUCCGGAUGGUCUGACUGGUCCAACUGGUCGGGCUGCUGGUGGGCAGACAACUUGGAGGCAUCCGCCCCAGUGCCGCAGGUGCCGCCGGUGCCCAAAAGACACAGAGAAGUGCCGAAGAAAACGAAUUUGAAGGAAACUUCAGACUCAAAAUGUCCAACCGGUACAACGACACUGAUGCUCCGAAAUGUGCCCAACCACUACGAUCGCGAGAACAUGUUGAAGGAGCUAGAGGGCCUGGGCUAUGGCGGGUCAUUCAACUUCCUUUACUUGCCCAUAGACUCAAUGACCAAGAACAACGUCGGCUAUGCCUUUGUCAACUUUGAAGAUGAAAAGACAUGUAAGGGUUGCAUGAAACAAAUGAGUGGCUACAUCUUCAAAGGCCAACCAAAUCGGCGGCGUCUUGUCAUCGUCUCAGUGGCUCACCUUCAGGGCUUGAAGAAGAACUUGGAACACUGCAGACGUACGCAGGUCUUCUUUGCAAAGUUGCCUUGCCAAAGGCCAUGGCUUUCAACAACGGCCAUCAAAGCCCUUCAAGAGGAGCCCCGUUCUUUGCCAGAUGCUUUCGCUCAGCUUUUAGUCGAUGCCGCUGCUCGUCCCGGCAGAGAGCCUGAUGACGUGUGGCAUCCAGCCUGGCAUAACAUGGGCUUCGAGACGUGUUUCGAUACCUUCAGUGCCAGUAAAGGGCCGUGGCCCCCGGGCCCUAUCAUGAAAGAGGCGACAUCCUCCAAGGCUGGCGACUCUGUGGUAGAUGAACUCGCAGCGAUGCUGACUGGAACAGAAGCUGUAGGUACCAAGACGGCAGGUGAUGAGGAUGACAACGGUUUGGACAUUCAGUUUGCCAACUGCAUGGACAGCAUGGAUCAGAUGGAGGACUGGUCUCAAAUUAUGAUGGUUGCAUGGCCCAUGGGAGACAUUAGUUUGGCGCCGGUGGCCCCUUGGUGGCCUGGCAUGCCAGGCAUGCCAGACAUACCAAACAUGACACCGAUGGUGUGUGUGCCCGACUUCACGAACCCCGAGCUAUCCGAGCUAUCCGAGCUCAAAAUCGACUCGGCAAAGCUUGCAGAAACGGAGGUUGAUAGCGGCUCAGCUGUGGCCGAAGCACAAGAGUCAGAGACUGCAGUCGAAGAAGUUGCACAAAAGGCGCAAAAGGAAGAAGUUGAACUUCAGCAAGAUGCUGUGGCAGCCGAAAAUGUCGAACAUGUGGACAGAUCCUGGAUCUACUAUCCGCCCAGAAAGGAUGCAGAGGAGACAUCCAGUGAUGAUGAGCUGUCCGGCACCAGAUCUCUAUCUUCCGUUUCACCCCUACCGUCCCUGCUACGUUUCCAGCACGGUGCAGGGGUGGACAAACAAGACAAGAUGCUGCCUGCGUGGUGUGGCGGGGAUGCCAAGCUUCCGACAGCCUGGAGAGCACCGGAGCCUCAGGGACUGGUGGAAGAGCAAGUCGGAGGCUCACGGCCAUCUGCUCCAAACGCAAUCGAUGGUUGCUACUUCACCAGAGAGCUUUAUGAGCUGGAGGAGAUGAAGACCAAGACGGGCCUGCAGCUCAAAGACUCUGAGAGCUAUGAGUUCAGGACUGGUGCAGUCUACAGAGGUCAAUGGCAAGACAACGGACGUCAUGGCUUUGGCACCCAGGUGUGGAAAGAUGGUGCCCGGUUCACCGGCUUUUGGGCCAGAAAUCUGGCAGAAGGUCCAGGAAAAUUUGUUCACGCCAAUGGCGAUAUUUUCGUCGGCCACUGGAAGAACAACGCUGCCCAUGGCAUAGGAAAGUACAUCCACUCCAACCGGGGCAUCACGAUAAGCGGCGAGUGGCAGGAAGACUUGCAACAUGGCUAUGGGGUGGAGAUGUGGGAGGGUGGAGCACGAUAUGAAGGUCAGUUCCGCUUCGGCCAGAAGAGUGGCUACGGGGUGUACCAUUGGCCAGAUGGUUCCACCUAUGCCGGACGCUGGCGUGACAAUUCCAUCAAUGGCUAUGGUCAAUAUCUUGGUGAGGACGGCCGCCAGUUUCGGGGACAAUGGAAGAAUGCCCAGAUCCACGGGAUGGGGGAGUACAAGUGGCCCAAUGGCCGGAGUUUUAGUGGUCAGUAUGUUGACGACCAGAAGGAAGGAUUUGGCAUAUUUGUUUGGAGCGAUGGAAAGCAUUUUUACGGCUACUGGAAGGCAGGGAAGCAACAUGGAGAUGGUGCCAGGAACUUAGUGAUUUGUGGGAAUCCAACAGUUGGGUGUUCCAAGAAUUUGUGUAAAGAAUUGUAA